AUGUCAGGCUCCUCUCACACCAAGUCUAAGCACGUAUCUCAAGAGCCAUUGGCCAAUGCUGAUGCGCGAUGGACUCGUCUGUUAAAAACGACAUACACUGAUCCUUUGGGGAAGGAGCGUACUUGGGAGUCAGCGGAACGUCAGGCAAGUGUUUCUCAAUUUCUCAAUGGUCAAAUUGAAUUGAUCGGCUGUAUUUCCUGGGCGCUUUGCUUGCUGCCCGACAUUGUAUCUAUCCCUGCGAUUCCACAAGCCGAUGUUACUCGGCCCGCCAACUGUGAGAUCGAUGGAGUCGGCAUUGUCACGAUUCUGAACAAGCCCUCAGGACCAGAACUGCUUCUUCAAAAGCAGUAUCGUCCCCCUAUCGACCAAGUGGUGAUUGAGGUUCCUGCUGGUCUCAUUGACGCUGGUGAGACUCCCGAGCAAUGUGCCGUUCGCGAACUCAAGGAGGAAACCGGCUACGUAGGCGAGGCGGAGCUCACGAGCCCCGUCAUGUUCAAUGAUCCGGGAUUCUGCAACACGAAUCUCAAAAUGGUUCACGUUCGCGUGGAUAUGACUCUGGCCGAGAAUCAAAAUCCAAAGCCUGAGCUCGAAGAGAAUGAGUUCAUCGAAUGUUUCUCCCUGCCUCUGGCUACCCUUUACGAUGAGCUAAAGAAGCUGGAGAGACAAGGCUUUGCUAUCGAUGCCCGGGUUGGAACUCUUGCCGAGGGUAUGGAACUGCAAAAGAAAUGGAAGCUCUGA